AUGUCAGAUGAUGAAAAUAGUAAUAAUGGAGCCAUCCUAACAAAUAAUGGCGAUUUAAGUACAACAGAUUCACCAAACCAAGCCAUCACAGGAAGCGACAGUGUCUUGUUGGAUAUCAAUGAUACUCCCCUUGGCACAAAUUCCACUUUGGAUAAUACCCACCAUCCACAACAUGUAGGUGAAGAUGGCCAUCAUCAUCACCAUCACCAACGUUAUCACCAUAACCCUCUUCGUAAAAAUCAUUCCUUUCAUAACCAUGAUCAUCUCCAUGGACUAAGUGGAGGAGGAGGCGAAGGUGGAGACUCACUUCGAAGUUCCACUUCUUCACAUCAUCUUCGUAAAAGUCUCAAUCGUAGUACUACCAGUAGUCACCACAUUGAUGAAAUAUCUGUAGAAUAUGAAAGAAUCAAGAUAUUGGCUGCCAAAGCAUCAAAAUAUAUUGGUAAAGCAUUAGAUAAAAUUGAUGAUAGAUCAAAAGAAGAGACCUUGGAUUGGACGAGAGCCAACUUGGAAUUUUGUUCAAAGAUGUGUGAAAGAUUUGAAAGAGAGGGUGAAGCAAACUUUAAUGAACUAAAGUCACUCUUGUUUGAAACCUGGACACAACAAAUCUCUGAACGUUAUAGCAUGUCAUCACCAGAAACUCAUGAUAUCAUUAAUCAUAUUAAAUCUGCUCAUCAAACUUUAUUUAAUCCUGAGGAAGAAAUAGAUGUAAAUAAUUUAUCACAUAGUUCAUUAUUGGCUCAACAACCACAUAGAGACCCAACACUUCACCAUAAAUCACUUCAAGGUGAUUUAUUUGGUUUGGAACAAGGUCAAGAAAAGUUACCAUUUUUAGAAAAGGCUAAAAAGUUUUCAAAAAAGACUUUUACCAUUGUCGAGGUUUUGUCUACUUAUAAACUAGAGUACCUUCAAAAUGAUAUUAGUGUUGGUUUGUCGUCUGGUACAAUGAUCAUUCCACAGUCAAUGGCUUAUGCUCUUUUAGCAGGUCUACCACCAAUCUAUGGUCUCUACACUGCUUUUAUUCCACCACUCAUCUACAGUCUUUUUGGAUCAUCUCGUCAUUUGGCUGUUGGUCCACUUGCUCUCAUGUCCAUUAUGGUCGGUGCUUCCGUUCAAGCUUUUGAAAACACUACACUCAGUGAACAAAUUGGUUUGGCCAAUCUACUCUCACUCCUAGUUGGUGUCAACUUUUUAAUCAUGUGUUUUCUUCAAUUGGGUUUCCUCAUCAACUUUUUAUCAAGACCAGUAUUAAGUGGAUUUACAUCAGCAGCAGCAAUUAUUAUUAUACUUAGUCAAACAAAUAGUUUAUUUGGAUUUUCAGGAGGACAACAACAAUUUGCAUGGAAAUAUGUGAUUCAAAUUGUAAAAAAUCUUGGACAUACACAGUGGAUAGCUGUUUUAAUGUCUGUGAUUUGUUUCCUUCUCUUGUAUGUAUUUAAACAUCAUAUAAAGACUAUUCCAAAGACUACUAUUCCAAUGCCCGCUCCAUUGAUUCUUGUCGCACUCGGUUUACUUGCAUCGUAUUUCCUCGAUCUCGAGGGCAAGGGUAUUGCAGUUGUCGGAACCAUUCCAUCGGGUCUACCAAGUGCAUCGUUUUUCACAAACUUUGAUUUCAACACUGCCAUCUCUCUCUACAAGGAUUCUUUGGUCAUUCCUAUCGUUGGUUUGAUCGAGACUGUCUCUGCAUCAAAGGUCGCCGCCAACAAGUGUAGAUAUGAGUUGUCAAUGAACAAGGAACUGUUUGCUCUCGGAAUGGCAAAUAUUAUUGGGUGUAUCUUCCAAUCAUACCCAUCCGCCGGUGCCUUUGGCAGAACAUCCUUGCAUCUUGCAUCUGGUGCCAAGACACAAGUAACCACCAUUGUAUCGGUCGUCGUAGUUGGUGUUACCCUUUUAUUCCUCACCAAGGUAUUUUACUAUUUACCUAAAGUCGUAUUGGCUGCCAUUGUCAUUUUUGCAGUAUCGCAACUCGUCGAUCUCGAAGAAGUACAAAAACUCUGGAAGAUCAACAAACCCGACAUGUUUUUACUUUUGAUUGCCUUUUGGGCGACUCUAGUGCUUGGUGUGCAAGUUGGUAUUGCCACUGCCGUCAUUCUCUCGCUUGUGCUCGUUAUCUACCAAUCGUCCAAACCCAACACGGCCAUAUGCGGUCGUAUCCCUGGUACGGCCAGUUUCACCGACGUUGCACUCCACCCAGAGGCCAUCGUCGAGCAAGGUGUCACCGUCUUUAGAUUCGACUCGCCCAUCAUCUUUGUCAACGCCUACUAUCUCAGAAAGCAGUUGAAAAAGAUUUACAAGCUCGAAGACGAGACCAAGAACCCGCUGAUCAAGGCCAUUAUUUUGGAUUUCGGUGCAGUCACCAACGUCGACAGUACCGGUAUUAAAUAUCUAAAGGAGCUGAUCCGUGAGUUGACCGAACUGUCCAUCGUCACCUCGUUUGCCGAUAUCCGACCCAACGUCCUCGAACAACUCAAAGUAUCCGGUAUCUACCGUGACCUCGGUGCCGACCAUUUCUUCCAAACCAUCUACAAUGCCUCUAAAAACUCUCUAUCACUUACCAUUAGACCAUGGGUAGAAGAGAGUCCAGGUCUCAAGUUUGAUUGUUUCUCUACUAAAGCUGAAACUUAUCAAGAACUUGAUAUUUAA